AAACUCAAUUAAUUUGCGAAGCAUGAAGCCGGGGUGACCUCUGCGGCUUCACCGCUUUUCAUCAUCGCUUUGCAGUAGAUGGUAAAACUUAAGGUAAGCUUUGCAACUGAAAAUUAACUUGAAUAAAGUAGCGCAUCAUACAUGAGAAAAUAGUCCUAUGCGUUUAAAUGACCCAAACGAAACGUCACUGCUCACAUGAUUUCCUUAAUUAAUCAUUGUUAAACACUCGUUAAAGUGAGUUGAUCACAUGUGAGCGCCGAAUAGUCGGAGCAAAUUCGUUAUCCAUCCUACAGAAUCGAGAAAAUGUCAACAACUCCGAAGUCUACCAAGACCAAGUCGAAAAAUGGUCCUAAGGUAACAGCAAGCACGACAAAAGGCUUUGUGACGCAGAGAAGAAAGGCGUUCGCCGCUUUGGUAUGCGUGCUGUCGGUCUCCGUAGCACUUUUGACCAUCUUCUACGCAUUCGAGCUGGAAGAAAAUGACGAGCACAUGUUCGUCUGCCACCCUCCAUCGGCCAUCUUCUUCCUGAAGGUGCACAAGUGCGCCAGCAGCAGCAUCCAGAACAUGCUGUUCCGCCUGGCCGAGCGGCUGGACAUGCCGGUGGCGCUGCCGGAGACGGGAAACUACUUCGGUCACCCCCGGCACUUCAGAGCGCAUAUGGUGCACCGGCCUCUGGGCGCGCACAACACCACCUACCGCCUGAUGGCGCACCAUCUGAGACUCGACCAGGAACAGGUCAUGAAGGUGCUCGGUCCCAACGCCACCUGGCUGGCCGUGCUGCGCCGGCCGGCCGACCAGUUCAUCUCCAUGUUCGAGUACUACCGGCUACAGGAGGUGUGGAACAUGACGCUAGCCGAGUUCGCCGCCUCCACCACCCAGUACGAGCCGCUGGGGAUCACACAUUUCCGUCCCAACCAGAUGUCGUUCGACCUGGGUCUGGACGUGCGGACCCUGAUGUCAGACGACCAGCUGCUGGGCGACACCCUCACUCAGCUGCACCAACGCUUCGAUCUCGUCCUCAUCGCCGAACUGCUGGACGAGUCGUUGGUGCUGCUCAAGUACCGCCUCUGCCUGGAAUGGGACGAUGUGGUGGUGUUCAGACACAACGCGCGGCCACCCUGGCUGCGCUCGGCUGCCACACACAACGGCACCCUUCGGCGGCAGCUGCGGCACCAUCUGCAGAUAGACACAGCCGUCUAUCACCACUUCUACCAACGGCUCAGACAGCAACUGAGGGACUACGGGAUGGCGCACAUACGAGCCGGCCUGGCCACGCUGCGCGCGCGGGUGCAGCACUGGGCGGCGCAGUGCCGCGGGUGGAAGUGGAACUGGCCGGGCGAUCAGUCCCCGCUGCCUCCCCGAGGGACCUCGGACGCACAGAGACACGUCUGGAUGUGUUCACGGCUGUUCACGCAUGAGAUCACGUAUACGGAACACAUCAGAAUGGAACAGGAGUGGGAGGCGCACCGUUCUCACUUCUGGGAUAAGCUGCUCGCUAAAAACUGGCCAGUCAGGUAGCGGUGUCCAGUUCCCCCACCCCAGUGUGACCCGUAGUUCGGAAAGGUUGUGUGUACAACGCGGCCCCAGUAUUGACGUACAGCUCGGCCAAGCUUGUCAGGAGACAGUGAAGAGGUCAGAGCUCACCACCAAAGAUAGACUAACAAGUACGAUCAUCAGUAGACUGAUCCAAGGAGAUCAAGGUGUUGGUUAUUGCCAUAAGUGAUGUGCCACUACGACCCGCAAUAAAAGCAGCUGACAGUGUUUUUUUUUUUUAUCCCGUAUGCUAUAGAUUACUCUAAUGCGCAGUUCCGUUGUUAUUCAUGCAAUGAACACGAGACGUGCAGAAAACGUUUUGUUUUAUUUUUAACAAAAUACAAAUCUUGGUUAACA